UUUUUUUUUUGAGAGUGGAAAGAGAAAAAAAAAAAAACAGAUAAAAGCCAACAAAAGAAAACAAGGAAAAGAAAGAGUGAAAUAUGUGCAACAAGAAUAGCCCCAUUAAGCGAAGAAAAGCGCCACCACCUCCGAAACCAGCUAGAAAAUCAAGAACCAGAACAAGAAAACCUAAAUAUCUUUCUUUAAAGCUUCAACUCUCAUCUCCUCUUUCCAAGAAAACACAAAAACCUACCAUCUCAAUGCCUCUUAAACAACAGCUUAAUCUUUUUCCUCUCCAUCCAGAAAAUCUCGUUCAAGAACAUAAUAAUAACAACAUUAAAGAAAUUACCAACGACGAUCAAGUCUCCGAUCACGUAGCUUUUCUUUUCGAGACCGCAGCUGACUCCUCCACCUCCCUCAACGGCAUUCUUGAUUCCACAGCCACCACAACAACAACAACAACAACCACGACAGAGGAGGAUGGGAGUGCUCCCCCGCGGCUUCCGCUUUCGCCGUCGCUGACUUAUGUGUAUAUAGGGAAAGAGAGCGAAGACAGAUGCGGUGACGUCAGCUCAUCGCUGGUAAAGACGGCGAUGAAAUGUAAAGAAAGGGAUGCAAGUGAAGAGAGAUGGGUGUGUUACUGGGAAUUGGUGGAGAAGAAAUUAGUAGAGCAAGAGGAAGUGAGUAGUUGUUGUUAUGCUGCUGCUGAUGCUUUGGAGAAGAUGGUGCAGACGCAGGCAAAAGGAGAUGAUAAGAUUGGAUUGGUGGGUUUAAAGCUUGAUUAUCAACAGAUCUUGAAUGCUUGGUCUGAUAAGGGCCCACUUUAUAUAAAAGGAGAUUCCCCACAAAUUGUUCCUGAUGUUCUUCAUGCUCACACUGCUUCAAUGGAUGGCUGGGGAAAUUUAUGGAGAGUGCCAGAAAUGGAAAGCAUAAAAAUGAAGGAUAAAGGGGAAGAAAAGGAAGGGUGGAAACUAGGGCAAAGAGAGGCAAGUGUGUUAAGAUAUAAAGAGAAAAGGCAAAGUAGGCUUUUCGCUAAGAAAAUUCGAUAUGAAGUUCGAAAACUUAACGCCGAGAAACGCCCUCGAUUGAAGGGUCGAUUUGUGAAGAGAAAUGGGGAAUAGGCUAAUGAACAAAUAUUGACUUAUAGAGUGCUUAAAUUAGUUCUUUAAAAUUUCUUUUUUUUUUUUUUUAUCCAUUUUGCUUGUGUUUAUAUGGUAGAGGUUCCUAUAAAUGCUAAAUCAGUUGGAGAACAAAAUAAAUGGGAAUCCAAAAGAAAAGAAUGUACAAAAUUAAGCUGUAGUGGUGCAAUUGAAGCGAUGAGAAAUAUCAUGUUUCCAAUAAUAUAUUUGAUCAGACAGUUCUUCAUGA